CGUCUCUCCUUAACACUCGUUCUCCCUCUCCGGGUGUGCGUGCGAGCGAGCCUCUUCGUGUAAUUCUUCUCCUUCGCUUCAUCCUCGUUUGCACCGCAACACCACCAGGAGUACGCGCCGAUAGAUUAUAAUGCGUCCGAAUAUAUCUAUAGGGAUUCGUACAUGUGUACGUAUAUAUCUCGAUACGGGGAUUUGGGUGGGUGGAUCGGCGCUGUGGUGGAGGUGGUGGAUGCCCCUCAGUGUCCGGCGCGCCUCCGACAAGCGUGUUUCGCGUUCGGGCUUAUAAGAUAGAGCUCUCUGUCUUGCACGUCGCGGCGGUGCGUUUGAAAGGGAGAAAAACGAAGAAACACACGUACACGACGCGCGAAUAAAGCAAACAAACGAAAAAAGAAUAAAAACGAAAAAAUUAAAAAAUCAUCGGGGAGAGGAUAAUUAUUUGGGAAACACCGAAUAAUCACUUUUUCAUUAUUUCACUUAUUCGUUCGGAGGAUAGCCAAUUUAUACGAGUUUCAUAUAUAAAAUAACGCAUAAGAGAGGAGUAGGAAUUUGAAAAAAAAAAAAAAAAAAAAAAAAAAAGGGGAGAGUUGAAAAAUAGCGGAAAUUUUGCCAAUAUUUCGCCGCGCGAGAGAACAUUUGCGAGAGACGCAACAAUAUUAUACAUACAAUAUUUAUACAUCAUUUAUAUUUAUAUGGGUAUAAACAUAUAUGUUGUGUAUAUACGGUGUGAAGAUAAUACGAGCGAGUAAAAUGUACGGAAAGAAAGGGUAGGAAAGUUGUACAUACUGUUAGGCGGGAUUGAAUGAAAGUGCUUUUGACGCGGGGUAUCCGACGUAAGGACGUCGAGAAGGUGGCUCGAUUUUGAGUGGCUCUAUUGACUGGGACGAGCGGCCACUGCAUCCCCUUAAGGCUUUUUUCUCGCCGGCUUGAGGGGCGCCGCGAGCGAGUGUGGAUUAGACGCGGUUGCUCGGCGGAGAGAUUGGAAGAUGGGAUCGGAACGGUGCGGAGGUGACGAUUGACCGGGCCGACGGAACUGAGUGCGGUUUUUCUAACGGUCGCGAGGAGCCUCUCGUGCACGGGGGGAAAGAGUUGGUUGAAAUCGGAGUUGAGAGCUCGGAGGUAUCGAGAUUAGAGGCGAGAGAGAAGCGGAGGAUCGCGGGAGGAAGAUAAAAUACAAUCGGUGCGCCGAGGAGAAAUAAGAAUAAAGGAGAAAAGGGUGAGAACCGAGGAAUGAGGAUGUGGUGCGGGGCUAUGUCCUUGGAGGACUCGCGGAGUCGACCGAGACCGGUGGAGAGGAAACGCCACAACGGACAAUCGUUGAAGGUCGCGCGUCCCUUUGACCUGGCAAUCACGGUGGUCCGAUAGAACGAGGAAUAUUCGGACUGCCUCGCAAUCCUUUGGCUAUCUCUUGCCUGACUGCCUUCUUCGCCUUCUUCGCCUUCUUCUUCUUCUUUGCCUCAUUGCCUCGCCACCUCGUUGCCUUCUAUACACACUAUACUCUAUUCCCCGUGGUCGUAACCCCACAGUCCGAGCGACUGCCGAGCGUCGUACUCGCCUCCCACUCCCCCGUGGCUCGUUGUACUUUCUACAAACCGCAUCCGGGUGGCACGCGAGAAUUUCGACGCUUCGACCGCGUACAGCAGCGUUUUAUGCGUCAGGUCGCAUAAAACCUUCUUAAAGAAGCCACCGAGACGAGAAUACAAUAGAAAUAAAGGAAAUCAGAAACGGAGCCGGCAAGCCGAGUGGAAACGUUCCUGAGCCGUUGUCGUACGUAAAACUCGUGGAUUUUAGUGAAAAAAGGCUCGAAGAGGAGUGACCGCGGGGGAGAGAAGCCGCGCAGAGUAUUCCGCUCGAAAGGGAAGCGAAAAAGGUACGGAGGAUCGGUCGUUGCGUGUGGUAGUAAGUUAAGCGAAGAGUCUUAGGUAGUCGCGAAUGGCCGAUCGGGGGUACGCGUACCGACGCGUCGAGAUCGAUCUGGAAGUGGCUAAGGGAGGACGUUGGUAAUGGGGGGUUUGGGCGAUGAUGCCUUCUCCCCGUCGUCGUCCUUACACGCAAUCGUCGUCGUCGUCGUAUCAUCCGUCGCGUUGGUCACAAUUGACAAGAAACUCGAAGCGAGCAGCAGCGAGCGCGUCGUUGAGGAGUCUAUCAGCGUUGAAAAGCCGAGAUUCGGAGUUGGAAUCUUGGAGAUUAAGGAAACGGGCCGAUCGGUCGAAGGCGGUCGUUCAGUCGGGCGGAACAAGGACGCGAGGCCGGAAAAGCCGGAAGAUCGUCGGGAAGCACGAAGCGGCGAGGCGUUUGGCCGAAAGAUCGAGGACAGAGUCGCGAGGGAGAACGGGAAGGGGGUCGGGACCGGCGGGGCGGAGAGAGCUCGGCGAGCUGGACGCGGACGUGGAAAUAUUCGGAGGAACGACAUCAGCGUCAGGUGCAGGCAAAAGGAAAGCGGUGAUAUCGCGUGCAGCAGGUGACUGGGCGUCGUCGCUAUGCUAUCGAGACGACGAAGAGUCUCGUCAUCGAGUUUCCUCAGGUACAACGAAAAUAUCAGUCUCGAGAUCGACGGGAAUGGGGGGGCCGGUGAAACGAUGGGAUCUGAGGAGAAGCUCGAGGCCAUCGGCGGGAGGACCGCCGCAUUACAGACGUCGCCGGAGACGUCGACGACGCCGCGAUGCGACAAUCGGAUGUUCGGACGAUCCGCGAGACACGUGGUGGUCCGUCGUAACCUCCUCGGGAAGGAGGAGCGGGGAAAAAACCCGCCGGGGGAAAAAACGACGGAGCGGGGACGAGAGGCGGCCCAUGGCGGGGAACGACACAGCGAGCUUCGAUGCAAUCGCGUUUCGAACGAUAUUAGCUUAGCGAUGAGUUUUACGAUUCAAAAUAGUCGUAGAUUAACGCAACGUGUACGGGCCAGUUCCAGACACAGACGGAGAAAGAGCGUAGAAAAAUUAGAUAGGAACGUUGACCUUCUCCAGAUAUCUUGUUCAACGACAAAUCAACGGUUGGCCAUUGAUUCGAGCUGUAGCGAGAUCACGCCGUCCCCGUCGUCAUCCUCGUCCCCACUAAAAUCGGCGAGCCACGAAGAAAUCCAAGAUUUCCAAUCGCCGGCUACCAUCCCCGAUAUCGAUCGGCUCAACGACCCUCGUUCGUUUAUUCAUUCGAUUAUUCCUGACAAAGAUAAAAUAAGUAGAACAAGAGAGGAGAUAUUCGAGGCUAGAACAACUAGGAUUAAUUAUCAUCGACCCAAUGACACCGUUGUGACGGAGCGACCGGCCCGUGGCUCAUCCUUGACGAAGGAAACUGCAAGAGCUAAUAAAAUAUGGUCCCAGUGGGCAUGUCGAAGGAACCGGUUGAUCGUCCUUCUCGGGCUCCUCAUGUGGACGACACUGAUGAUAACGGAGGUGACGGGACGACAGAAUCACCAUCGAACCUGUCCCGGUUGUCCCCAUCAGCACGUCCACACGAUCAAUCGUAAAUCCGGCGGCUUCGACGAGGAGGCCGAUCCUUCGAGCGAGACGGAAACAGCACCGAGCCCCGACGACCUCAGACUCGAAGCGAUAAAGCAUCAGAUACUCACGAAAUUGGGCCUCAGAACGAGACCGGAUGUUAACAAAACAUUGGCCUCGGUCCCGCGACAUUUGGCGUUAGAAACUUUGUACAGAGCGGAGGCCCAGCCUCCGGGGCACUCGAUCGAACCUGAUGAUUAUCACGAAGGAAAACGAAGGGAUCAUCGACUCGGGGACACCGAGGACGAGGAUUCGUUAUCCUCUCCGUCAUCCUCGUCCUCGUCCUCAAUAUCAUCAUCAUUAUCAUCAUCACUAUCAUCACUAUCAUCAUCAUUAUCAUCAUCACUAUCAUCAUCAAAAGCAUCAUCAUCAUCAUCAUCAUCGAAAUCAUCAUCAUCAUCAUCAUCAUCAUCAUCUUCCUCUUCUUACGGACAAUUUUAUUACGACGGUGAGGAAUAUUCGUACAGAAACGUUGAUCAGGGUGCCCUCGAAAGAGACGCGUCUUCGAGAAGACGCGAGGAUUCUCGUGAAUCCCCGGAAUCUGGUGCAUACGUUAAUAACGAGAGGCAUCGGAGUCACGGGGAUUAUCGUGGCGGUGGAAAAGCUCGGGAUUAUCAUUUGACCGAUGACGAGGAUGAGGCACAGAUCGAGAUGGAUGAUUUUUAUGCGAGAACCUCCGAAAUCAUCAGCUUCGCCGAACCCGGGCGUACACUGAACGGUCAGCCGUUAUUGGAGUUCCCGCAAUCGAGCGGGGAUCCGGCACUCGAGCCACUGAGAAUAAAGAGGGCGACACUUUGGGCGCGAGUGGAGUUUAGGCACGCUCAUCACUACCAGCACCAUCGCCGCGCUCAGGCGAAUCAGCGAAACAUCACGCUUUGGGUUUUCAGGGUUCGAUGCGGAAACGUCACUCAUUUGCGCGGAAAGGAACUCGGUGAGCAUCUCGAGAUGGUCACGUCGUUAGGCGUGAACGUUAAUCAGCUCGGCUGGCAAAAGUUCGACGUUACUAAAGUUGUCAGCAAUUGGUACAGCGGCCAUGAAUUAAGUUCAACGAAGAACGAAAAACUCACGUUGCUGGUCGACUGCACGGGCUGCGGGAGCCACGUUCAUGUUUCCACUUUCGGCGUCCAAACGCCGAACGUCGUCGAAUCGUCAAUAAACUCAAAAGAAGCAGGAGAAGAUCCCGAUCGACCAUUUUUGGUGGUCAGAACGGAUCCCGCAGCUGUGAAGCGCGUACGAAGACGGGCUAUCGAGUGCAGCGGCGCGAUAAAAGGACAGUGUUGCAAACAAAGGUUCUACGUCAGUUUUUCACAGCUUGGCUGGGACGAUUGGAUCAUAGCGCCUCAAGGAUAUUACGCGAACUACUGCAGAGGAGAUUGUGCAGCUGGACACCGAACGCCUGACACAUUUCUCAAUUACUACACCCACGUGAUCGAGGAAUACAGAAAAAUGGACAGACUAGCGGGCAUGCAGCCGUGUUGCGCGCCCCUCAAAUUUUCACCAAUGUCAUUAAUAUACUACGGACCGGACUCGAACAUCAUUAAAAGAGAUUUGCCAAAAAUGGUAGUGGACGAGUGCGGUUGUCCCUAAAUUAGUAUUUAUAUCAAGAUAUAUAUAUAUAUAUAAACAUACGCAUAAAACAAUGCUGUAAUAUUGUGAAACGAGAGAGAGAGAGAGAGAGAAAGCGAGCGAAAGAGAGAGAGAGAGAGAGAGAGGUUCGUGGCCGAUGUGUGGAAAGAAAAAGCAAGGGAAAUCAAGCACGAAAUGAGUCUGCGGACUCGGUCGCGAAGAACAAUAGUUCACGGGACCGCGGUCAUUUUCUCUUCAAACUUUUUCAAACUUCAACUUCUUCUUCUACUAUUUCUCAUUAUUCUUAUUCUUACGGUACUCAUUCUUCUUAUUCUCUUCUUCUUCUUCUUCUCCUUCUUCUUCUUCUUCUUCGUCUGCUCCGCCGCUCGUAAAAGCUCGGAGCACACGCGUAGCGCGAUCGCGAAAAAAAAUGUAACGUCUUCCCUAGUUCCACGAACGGCCGCUGUCGUCUGUGAUCGCUAGAGUUCAAGCGGAGAUUCCCAACACGUGUAACGAUCAGGGACCGGGAGACUCGAGCCCUUCUUUUUUAAGCCGAGAUUCGGUGAGUAAGAGAUAAAAAUAAACGAAAUAACUAGAAAAAAAAAACGCCAAUAACUAAAAGGAAUAACCUUCGAUGGGGAUUUGCGAAGGAGAAUACGCCAAAAUUUAGACACCAUUUUGUAGCUUAAGCGCGCGUAUCUCGUUCGCGUUGGCCGCUCGUGGAAAAAGUGAAGUGACGAUGAGAGCGUGCGCGCGUCAUCGUAAGAGGAAAUAAAACCAUAGUUAGGAUAAUGAAAUUUUUCGAGAAUUAAAAGCUUAGGAGGAUGUGAAAUAUAAAACCAUUAAAAACAAUUUAUAUAUAGCACAUAUAGAUAUAUAUAUACAUUGUUUUUAAUAAUAUAUAUAUAUAUAAAUAACUAAACGACAAAAAAAAUGAGACUAACUCCCGUCCGCGAUGUAAUUGUAGGUUAAAAACGUUCGUUUCUACGUUUAAAAUUUCGUGUAGACAAAUAAAGCAAAAGCAAAACACAAUAGUGGGACGUGUUCGACGCGUGUUAAGUGCAUAACGAACAAACAUGAGGAGAAUUCAAUUUAAUAAAUAAAUAAUAACAUUAAUAAUAACGAUAAUAAAGACCGAGCUCUCUUUUAUCGCGAGCUUCAAAUUUUUCGUUCUAUCCAAAAUAUUCGGUUUACGAUCAAAAGAAAUAAAACGAAUUUCUAAUAACACGACAGGAAAAAAAACGAACUAAAAUGUCACGAUUAUUAUAUUAUAACGAUGUAUAUAACGAGGUUAUGUCUUUCGACGAAGUAUUUAUAUGAAUAACAUGAACGAUAAAGGAUCGAGCGUCGAGUGAACAAAGAAAAGAGGUAAAAAAACGUAAAUAACCUAAAAACACGAAAAACGACACAUGCGAAACACAUUCGAAAUGAAAAGAAAAAAACUCAAUCUAAUUGCCUUGUUUUUUAUGCAAAAACGUAUGAAAGUAUCGAAAUUACACAAACGAGACACAUAGUGGCAGGGGAAUAAAAAAAAAAGCAGUAAACAGAAGGACGAGCUACGCAAAGAAGAACAUGGCAGCCGUGAUAUGGAAUACUGAGAAAAAGCUCCGUUACGCGAGUAGUAUCGAUAUUCGUUACGAAUACAUCGAUACCCAUCAUUCGUAAACAGUGUAAGGAAAAAACUUUCUCGUCGGGUGCACGCAAGUGUAAUAUAUAUUUAUACUUUGAGCACGCGAGGGAAUAUGGUCGAGAGAGAACGAGGCAUGAUGACAUAUUCAGCAAAUUAAGCUGGCAGAACAGUUGUGAGUGCGAAUAAGGUUAAGAGGAAAACAACAACAUCAACAAUAGUAUAUAUAAUUAUAACUAUUAUUAUUACAGCGAACUUUAAAGAG